AUGUACGGCACUGUCCCUUAUUUCCAAGAUUUCCCUGCCAUUCCUCACGCUCUCUUAUCAGGUUAUUUUUUCAACCUAAAACUUGAUUGAAGGCUGCAUUUAGAAAAGUUGAAAGAAGCCGUGAAUUGGAACAUGUUGGACCACGACUUGAAUCCCAGAGAUCUUCCAUGUCUUUUCGACGAGGAAACUACGAGUUGGACCAACUUUACUAUCGAGCCUGAGAUGCGCUGUUUUUCGGUAAGGUAUUAUUUUCUAAAAAUUCGAAUUUUAAUCAAGACAGAAGUUGGUUGCAACUGAAAAAAUUGAAAAGGAUGAAAUUCAAACUUUUUUUCCUUCACUUUGCAUCUUUAUAAGAAGGAUAAUUUUUCCUGCCUAUAAAUAAAUAUUAUUAUUAUUAUUAUUAUUAAGGAAAAAAAUUGGUCUUCCGUUCUUUUUAAAAAAAGAUAUUUAAGUACAUAAAAAUUAAAGUUUGACUUUCUCUGAUUUUUUUCAAACUAAAAAAAUUCAGAGAGGCAACGGAUCGGCAAAAAUUCUCGUUAUUGGAAAUUCCCUUUCCUACAGAGCGUUUCCAUUGAUCUUCAAGUUGUUCAAAGGACGUUAUGCAGAGCUUCGGAUGUUUGGGAAAACUGGUAUCCUUUUAUUAUAAUCAAUCAGUUCUUCAAUUGAAGUCUAAGAAACUCGGAAUAAGAUAAAUAUUGAAAAAAGUAAGGAAUUUCUUCAAAAAGUGUUUUUCAAGUCUUUUUCCACCAAAACUGUGAGAUGAAACAUAUUUAAGUGAAUCCAAAAUUUUCAGGCUGUCCACCUCUAUCCUUGGAAUGUCCGACCUACACUGAAGCUUGCAGAAUCGUGGUUCAAAAAAUGAAACUCGACCUUUUAUGGAUUAUUCAGGGUGUCAAGUGGGUAGAAUGAUUUCUUUCUAAGCUCUCGGCCGCAUGUGGAAUGGCUUUUCUAAGCAUUUCGAUUGAAAUUAUGCUCAAAGAACCAUCUUGUUCUAAAUCAUUAAAAAGUGGAGAAAACGCCAAUUUUCGUCAAAGUCGAACAAUAAGUGGAACAGAAACGUUCCCGACUUAAAAUGACUUGCGCGAUUUUGCAUCGAAAAGCAAAAAUCCACAAGUUAGAAGGUUGGGAUAAAAUCAACUGUUUUGAGCUUUUCACUGUGUCUUCUUUCAUAUAAGUAAAAUAUUCAACUUCAAAAAGCCUUAAAAGCCUCAAAAAAUUUCAAUUUCCCACCAAGUUUAGACCAAAAAAUCGAAAACGAAAAAUUAGAGAAAAGCUACAAGCCAUUCCACGUGCGACCACAUAUUUUGUAACCUUUCAAAUUCAAUCUUAAAAAAUAGCGAGCUAGCAUUUCCUCACAAGGACUCUACAAGCACAAAAGAGGAUGGGGAGCUCCGAAAGAUCUACAACGAAAAUAUCAAACUCUUGAGGUUUUCCUUCAUUUCUACAAGGUUCAGAAAUGAUCUUACAGCAACCAUUCAAGUAUUGUAUUUGUCGAUCUACCGUACUUCAUCACCAGAAAAUACGUCUCCAAAGUUUUGGCCAGAGCUUUGACUUACGGUCAUGACUAUGAGAACGAGCUGAUUUUUGAUGAAAAGGUUCAUAUUUUCCACUCGAAUAUUCUUUAAUUUAUCUCCUUCAAACAAAAAAUACAAAUACAGUGUAUUAGAAGUAUAAAAAGAAAAAUCUAUUUUUCCAUUUUCAGACAGUUUCUCUUCAAAUCGAGCCACAAAUACGUCGUCUCAAAGAUAUGCCUUGUGAUAAUUGUGUAUAUAAUGAUGUUCAAAAGGCAAUAAUAUUUAUAAUUCGAAAAAUACUCAAAAUUUUCAGGAAUUAUCCACAAAUGGAUCUUACUACGCGUACAAUAUCGAAAACCUCCGCUCGAUUUCUUCGGAUGGAAGUCAUUUAUCGGUGGAAGGACUAGGAAGAUUGAAAAAGCUGUAUCAAGAAAGAAUCGAACAGUUUUUGAAGAUUUUGUGA